CAAGAUCCCCUACCAAAGCACAACGGAUGAGCUGUGCCUGUUAUCUGACAGUAUCCGUCUGUGCAAGCGGCUUGUAACUCUGUAUUGUCCACCUCUCGACUGGGCAGCAUGGAAGCACCUGUCGAACCUCCCCACCCUUCUCUCAGUGGCGAUUUCUGGCGAAGUCCUUUGCCCGUUGGACACGGAUAACUUCGUUUUCACACGUUUCCUCAACGUCACGACUCUUUCUUUCCAUGUAACCACGGCUUCAUACGUCAUCGCAGUCAUGCGUAACUCAGCAUUCCCCUCGCUGACAGAGUUCAAAAUGGUUGCCCGUGUUUUGCCGUGGGAAGAUGCUGAGCAGCUUUUUCAUGCACUGUCACAGUGCACGGCAUGCCAGACCCUUCAACAUAUCGACAUUUUAUCUCGUGAUCAGAGAGUUCCAGAGCCCUCAGACAGCUCUUUGACACCGAUCACCCAAUUUCUUGGCUUCACCCAACUCAGAACUCUACAGCUCGCUUUUCCCCAUUGCUGCAUUCGCCUUGACAACCACCUCCUUUCGAAAGCCAUGUCAAGUUGGCCGCACAUCCGCUCUCUGAAAUUAGAAGACCCCCAUCCUCACCCAGCUACUAUCACAUUUCGCGGGUUAUCCACAGCGUUGCGUCAAUCUCCCCACUUGCAUACGCUGCACAUAUUAAUGGAUGCUCUGAAUAUUGAUAUCGAUCCUCAGGCCGAGUCGUUUCAGCAUACAUCUCUACAAACAUUGGAUGUGCGCACCUCUCACAUAGCGGAUCGUGAAGCUGUCGCUUACAUCCUCUUCUCUAUGCUCCCUUCGGUUGAGAGCGUUAUCCAUGGCUCUAGUGGACGCCACAUCCGGUAUGCAUGGCAGGAGGUCAACAGGCGUCUCCAAUCUCUCAAGUCUUCUGCAGUCCUUGGCUGCCGUACCACAGGAGCAACUGUAGCGUGCUGAACUCUCCAUACGUAUGUGUUCAACUAGAUUUGCUAUCCGAUAUCUUAAUACUUAGAAUGUGGGAGUGGGAGGUCGGGGCAAGCAAGGUAGCUUAUGCCUCGACAUGUAAUUGGCUCGAGAUUUAUUAUUUGCAUGAUACAUUACUUAUAACUAGCUCAUCGUCAUCGCAGCAUGCCUUACAGGAUGUCUGGGAAUUUAAAGAUCAAUCUCCGUCCUACUGCGUGAUCCACGUGCACCGAACCGAGCCGG